AUGGCCAGCAAGCGCAUCGCAAAGGAGCUCACCGAGAUCACCGCCUCCCCUCCCGAGGGCAUGGCCGUCUCCCUCGCCCGCGACGCCGACCUGCACACCUGGCACGUUACCAUCGCCGGCCCCGAAAACAGCCCCUACGCCGGCGGCCUCUUUGCCGUCAUCGUCGACCUGCCCCGGGACUACCCCUUCAAGGCCCCCGUCGUCAAGUUCGCCACCCGCAUCUACCACCCCAACAUCACGAAUGACGCCGCCGGCAACAUCUGCAUGGGCAUGCUCAAGUCCGAGAAUUGGAAGCCCGCCACCAAGCUGGCCGCUGUGCUCGAGGCCCUCCGCAGCCUCCUCGCCGAGCCCCAGCCCGACGACCCCCUCGAGGCCCGCAUUGCCGAUGAGUACAAGAACAACCGCCCCGAGUUCGAGAAGCAGGCCAAGCAGUAUGUCACCCGCUACGCAUCUGGAACACCCAACUUUUCCGUCGCCGAGCCCGCUGCCACCGGCACCAAAUGA